AGUGCCAAAGUGAUGAGUUAAAGACCACCCAGCUCUUCCAGGGCGGUGCUGACAGCUGUGCUGUCCAUGGCACCAAAGCUCCAGCACUUCCAGGACUAUAAAUUCCCUGUUUUCCAGGUGGCCAAGCACCAGAACUUGCUUUGCACACGCCAAAACACGGCGUGCCCUGCCAGGAGGAGGAUACUGAGUGCCCUGCUGAUGCAGGGACAGCUUACCUUUGUCCUUAGCUGAUGUAGAUGCCCCCAUGGUUCCUGCAUCUCUCCAGUUACAUUCCAAUGUCGGCCAACCCAAGGAUUUCACUCGUGUCCUGCCGAUCCAGCUGUCCAUGUUCAUCCUGGGGCUUUUGGAUCAAAAAUCCCUGGAUGCCUGUUCUGCUGUGAAUGGCCACUGGGAAUUCCUGGUCAGGCAGGUCCGGGAGGAGCAGGAGUGUCGGAGCACAGUACAGAAGACCCUUCUGCAGCUGCAGGAGUUGUGUCCUAGAAAAGCCAUUCCAAACUAUGCCAAAAGAGUCAAUGUGCAAAUUCCCCAGUUAAAUGAUGAGGGUGAGGUCAUUGAAGUGAAGGACAAGGAGCAGACCAAGCGACGUAAAUCAAAGACGGAGGAUUUCAGUCUGCACGAAGCCUAUCAGGAACUGAAAACUCACAAGAUUGAGCUGGAAGAGAGGAAUGUCUUCUGUGGCCCCUACAAGACUCAUGUCCUCAUGGAGCAAUCAGACAGCACAAGGAGAACCCAUUACAGUGGUGGGGACUGGGUGGCCGCUGCCUCUGCCAACAGAAGAGUGAGGCUGCUGCGUGUGCCGGGAGGGAAGGAAGUGCCUCUGCUGCUGCACGGCCACGCUGGCCCCAUCAGAGCUCUGUGCCUCCGUGAGGACCAAGGGCUCCUGCUCAGCAGCACCAGCUUUGACCUCAGCAUCAGGUGCUGGAAUAUUCACAGUGGUGCCUGUGUGAAAACCUUCACAGGUCACUAUGCAACAAUCACCUGCCUGCAUUGCCACGAGGAGCACUUUGUGUCAGGAUCUAGGGAUGGGAUGGUGAAAGUGUGGAGCCUGAAGAGUGGGAAAUGUCUCAGGACUCUGAUGCACAGCAGCCCUGUGUGGGCAGUGAGGAUGGACAGGACCCAUGUGGUCAGUGGGGGUCACCGAGGGCUGGUGAAAGUCUGGAGUGCUGAGACAGGGGCUCUGAUCAAGACACUAGAGAAGCACCAAGGCCCAGUUCUCUGCUUGUCCUUUGACCAGUGGCACCUCGUCACGGGGAGCAGUGAUGGAUAUGCCCUGGGAUGGAGCAUGUUGGGAAGAUAUAGGAGAUGCCUGAUAGCUUUCUUCCAUCCCAAGGAAGUCCUGUCCCUGGAGUUCCUGUACCUCAGAGUCAUCAGUGGCUGUGCUGAUGGACACAUUCGGAUAUUCAACUUCCUGACUGGAACCUGCCUCAAAGUGUUGGAGCCCAGCAGCAGCGGGGACCCCCUGUCUGCUCUCCAUGUUGCAGGAAACAGGGUGGUGACCAACUUCCCCAGCAGGCUGCUGCUGCUCCAGUUCGAGGAUGUGGUGUGGGACUAUUCCCUACCCGCUGAUAGAGAGGUGCUGAAGAAGGAGAAAAAGUCUCGGAAGGGGAAGCACCAGGGUGCCAGUGCAGAGCAGCAGCGAUCCCAGGACAAGUCCCCGAGAUCUCGCCAGCCACCAAAGAGCCAUGGAAGACACAAAAGUGGUGAAGCUGAACAGGGCCCUGCACCUGAGGAGGCAGAAGCCACUUUGAAGCAUGAGCUGUCCCAGAGACACCCAAGCUGUCCAAUGACCCCUGACAAGUUCUUCCUAACAAUCAACACUCUGCAGAGCUCUUGCAAGCCAGCCCCAGUCAGCCCCAGUCCUGAGUCCUCUGCAAAAGCCAGGGAAGCACAGCAGCAGCGCCCUGGGAAGGUGCCAAUGUCCAAAACGCCCCUGCAGCACAAGGAGGAGCAGGCAGCCCAGCUCCAGCAUGCUAGGCUGCACAGCAACUCUCUGAUCAUGGCCAAAACUUCCACAUCCUUUGAAACCAAAAUGCUGCGGCUCAGGCUGAGGAACUCUUUGCACAGCCCUACUGUGAAAUCCUCCAUCCCUGCUCCCUGUGUUGUACGUCCCAAGUUUUGUGGCUCGCUGAGAGAAAGGAAAAUUCCCAAUGGCCGCGGGAAAGAUGCUCCUGGCCCCAAACAUGGAGAUCAGCUCAUUGAUCUCUGCACAGCUUCUUCAGAGCUGAUCCAACCAACACCUGGCACAGCUGCACAAAUGAGGAAUGAAGAUCCCAGGAGAAUAAAGCCCUUCUGGCCCUACGGUUCCCACAGGGACAGUGGGCUCAGGCUCCUGACAGCAGAGCAGGAGCUGCGUGAGGCAGCUGUGGCAGCUCAGCUUCAGGCACAGCAGGCAAAGCCCACAGAAGAUAAGGAAGGAGCCAGAAGGAAAGCCUGGCUAAGGAAAAUUAAAGGCCUACCUGUGGAUUCUUUUACUGGGGAGAGAAAAACACCUGCUCCAGAACUGGGGCAUAACAUAUUUAUCUGAGGUGAUCCCUGAGUCCAACCAACAACCAUGAUUUGGGAUUCUGGUGUCCAUGUGGCUUUAAGUAUAAGAUACAGAUAUAUUCAUUUAUAUAUAAGGAUAUUUUGCAUAUGUAAGUAUACUCCCUGUGGUUUUAAGUGUAAAACACAUCCCCACUGUAAGUUUUCCUAAGAAAUACUCUUGGUGUACUCAGGUAUUUCUCAAGGCAGUGAAUGGACUGAGUCUUAUCCUGGAUUUAACUCCCUAAAGCUGCUGUCGUUACCAACAUGGCACUGUCUGACACCAACACAGCUCAACCCUGUGAGAAUAAGAAUAAAAACAUCAGAGCUUUUGUGGAUUGAU